GCGGGACCCGGCCUGCGGAAGGGAUGCCCCGCGUCGCCACCCUCAGGGACACCCUGCAGCCCCACCUAGAAUGAUCCCCCCGGCGAGCAGCACCCCUCCGGGAGAGGCCGGCGUCCCCAGUGCGGCUCCUCAGGACUUCUGGAGGUCUCAGGUCUCCGCCUACUCGGGGUCCGUGACGCGGCACAUCAGCCACCGGGCCAACAACUUCAAGCGCCACCCCAAGAGGAGAAAGUGCAUUCGCCCCUCCCCGCCCCCGCCCCCCAACACCCCAUGCCCCAUCGAGCUGGUGGACUUUGAGGACCUGCACCCACAGAGGUCCUUCCGGGAGCUGCUCUUCAACGGCUGCAUUCUGUUCGGCAUCGAGUUCAGCUACGCCAUGGAGACCGCGUACGUGACCCCGGUGCUCCUCCAGAUGGGCCUGCCCGACCAGCUCUACAGCCUGGUGUGGUUCAUCAGCCCCAUCCUCGGGUUCCUGCUGCAGCCUCUGCUGGGUGCUUGGAGUGACCGAUGUACCUCAAGGUUUGGAAGGAGACGCCCUUUCAUUCUUGUCCUGGCUAUAGGGGCGCUGCUGGGCCUCUCGCUCUUGCUGAAUGGCAGGGACAUCGGGACAGCCCUGGCCGACACGGCCGGCAACCACAAGUGGGGCCUCCUGCUGACCGUGUGCGGGGUGGUGCUGAUGGACUUCAGCGCAGACUCGGCCGACAACCCCAGCCACGCCUACAUGAUGGACGUGUGCGGCCCCGCGGACCAGGACAGAGGCCUGAACAUCCACGCCCUCCUGGCGGGUCUCGGAGGAGGGUUCGGGUACGUGGUCGGGGGAAUCCACUGGGAUAAAACCGGCUUUGGAAGAGCCCUGGGCGGGCAGCUGCGCGUCAUUUACAUCUUCACCGCGGUCACCCUGAGUGUCACCACCGUCCUGACGCUGAUCAGCAUCCCCGAGAGGCCCCUGCGGCCGCUGGGCCAGAAGAGGACGGCCAUGAAGAGCCCCAGCCUGCCGCUGCCGCCGUCCCCGCCUGUCCUGUUCGAGGAGGGCGCCAGUGCCACCCUCCCCUGCCACACGGCCACCAGCUUCUCCAGCCCCAUCUCCCCGCUCAGCCCCCUCACGCCCAAGUACGGCAGCUUCAUCAGCAGGGACAGCUCCCUGACGGGCAUCAACGAGUUCGCCUCGUCCUUCGGCACCUCCAACAUAGACAGCGUCCUCAUCGACUGCUUCACGGGGGGCCACGACAGCUGCCUGGGCCUCCCCGGCAGCCUCCCCCAGCAGGCCCUGAGCGUCAGCUUCCCCCGGGCCCCCGACAGCUUCCACCGCCAGGACCGUGGGCUUCCAGAGAGGAGGGAGGGCGCCCUGACCUCCACCUCCGACGGAGAGGUUUUGCGGGUGGGCUCCUUGGACACCUCCAAGCCAAGGUCGUCGGGGAUUCUGAAGAGACCCCAGACCUUGGCCAUCCCGGAUGCGGCCGGAGGAGGGGGUCCCGAGACCAGCAGGAGGAGGAACGUGACCUUCAGUCAACAGGUCGCGAAUAUCCUGCUCAACGGCGUGAAGUACGAGAGCGAGCUGACGGGCGCCAGCGAGCGGGCGGAGCAGCCCCUGUCCGUGCGGCGCCUCUGUGCCACCAUCUGCAACAUGCCCACGGCGCUGCGCAACCUGUGCGUCAACCACUUCCUGGGGUGGCUCUCGUUCGAGGGGAUGUUGCUCUUCUACACGGACUUCAUGGGCGAGGUGGUGUUUCAGGGGGACCCCAAGGCCCCGCACACGUCGGAGGAGUAUCAGAAGUACAACAGCGGCGUGACCAUGGGCUGCUGGGGCAUGUGCAUCUACGCCUUCAGCGCCGCCUUCUACUCAGCCAUCCUGGAGAAGCUGGAGGAGUUCCUGAGCGUCCGCACGCUCUACUUCAUCGCCUAUCUCGCCUUCGGCCUGGGCACGGGGCUUGCCACCCUCUCCAGGAACCUCUACGUGGUCCUGUCGCUCUGUGUGACCUACGGGGUUUUGUUCUCCACGCUGUGCACCCUGCCCUACUCGCUGCUCUGCGACUACUACCAGAGCAAGAAGUUCGCAGGGUCCGGUGUGGAUGGCACCCGGCGGGGCAUGGGCAUGGACAUCUCCCUGCUGAGCUGCCAGUACUUCCUGGCCCAGAUUCUGGUGUCCCUGGUCCUGGGGCCCCUGACCGCGGCUGUGGGCAGCGCCAACGGGGUGAUGUACUUUUCCAGCCUCGUGUCCUUCCUCGGCUGCUUCUACUCCUCCCUGUUCGUCAUUUAUGAAAUUCCCCCCGGUGACACCGCGGACGAGGAGCACCGGCCCCUCCUGCUGAAUGUCUGACCUGCGGGAGCCUGGGCUCUGGCUGUGCCCUGCCUGGGGUCCGGAGCAGGCGGAGCCAGGAGAGACCAGAGGGCCUUGGUGGACAGGGGGACGGGCCUCCUGCUGGAAUGUAAAUAUGUGAUAAAAUAAUAAAGGACAGCAGCAAAGCCUA